AAAAUUCCGAUCCAUGAGCAGCAAUCGCUUCCAUUCCAAUCCUUGCUUCUCCACCCAGAUUUCCAACUCUAUACUAAAACCCUAGUUUCCGUCGACCUCACUAACAGGAGAAUUCAGUCAUCAUGGCCUCGUACGAUUACGACGACUCGCGGGCCAACUAUGAUGACCCCCGCCACGCGCCGGUGCCGUCUCCGGCUGGCCAAGACAUUGGCUACGACCCUAAUUUCGUUCCAGAUUCCGUCAAGUCCUUUGUCGUUCAUCUAUACCGCCACAUCCGUGAGAAGAAUGUAUAUGAAACCCAUCAAAUGUAUGAAACCUCCUUCCAGUCCCUAUCGGAUCGCCUAUUCAAGGACACACCAUGGCCGUCAGUAGACGCCGUGGCUCAUUUUGUGGAUAACGACCAUGUCUUCUGCCUACUUUACCGUGAGAUGUGGUUCCGCCAUCUCUAUGCGAGGCUAUCACCAACUUUGAAGCAGAGGAUUGAUUCGUGGGAUAACUAUUGUAGCUUAUUUCAGGUGGUUUUGCACGGAGUCGUGAAUAUGCAAUUGCCUAACCAGUGGCUAUGGGAUAUGGUGGAUGAGUUUGUUUAUCAGUUCCAGAGUUUCUGUCAAUACCGGGCCAAGAUGAAGAAUAAGACCGAGCAGGAAAUUUCUCUUUUGAGGCAAUUCGAUCAGGCUUGGAACGUAUAUGGCGUCCUCAACUACUUGCAAGCAUUUGUAGAGAAAUCCUCAAUCAUUCAUAUUCUUGAAGAGGAGAAAGAAGGUCUUGAACAAUUUACAGCCACUGAUGGGUAUGACUAUAGUGGUGGAAGUAGUAAUGUUUUGAAGGUUUUGGGAUAUUUCAGCAUGGUUGGAUUACUCCGGGUUCAUUGCCUAUUAGGUGACUAUCACACUGGUUUGAAGUGCUUACUCCCAAUUGACAUAAGCCAGCAAGGUGUUUUUACUAGUGUGAUUGGAAGCCAUAUUACUACUAUAUACCAUUAUGGGUUUGCCAACCUAAUGUUGCGGCGGUAUGUGGAUGCCAUUCAUGAAUUUAACCGAAUUCUCUUGUAUAUUUAUAAAACUAAGCAAUACCAUCAGAAAUCUCCUCAGUAUGAGCAGAUUCUAAAGAAGAAUGAGCAGAUGUAUGCCUUGUUGGCUAUAUGUGUUUCACUCUGUCCACAAGUGAAGCUUGUUGAUGAAACUGUGAACUCUCAGUUGCGGGAGAAGUAUGGUGAAAAGAUGAUCAGAAUGCAAAGGUAUGACGAGGAGGCUUUUGCCAUCUAUGAUGAGCUUUUCUCAUAUGCUUGUCCGAAGUUCAUCACUCCAUCUGCACCUAGUUUCGAGGAGCCUCUAGUAAACUACAACCAGGAUGCCUAUAGACUCCAAUUGAAACUAUUUCUAUAUGAAGUAAAGCAACAACAGUUACUCUCUGGUGUCCGAACCUUCUUGAAAGUGUAUUCCACCAUCUCCCUUGGUCAGCUUGCGGUUUACAUGGAAGUGGAUGAAUCCACUCUAAGGACAAUUUUGUUGACAUACAAGCAUAAAACCCAUGCCGUUGAUAGUGUUGGAAAAAUUAUGUCCAAUGCAGACGUGGAUUUCUACAUCGACGAUGACGUUAUCCAUGUUGUCGAAUCUAAGCCUGUAAAUCGUUAUGGAGAUUUCUUCUUGCGGCAGAUUGUUAAACUCGAAGGGAUGAUUAAUGAUUUGGACAGAGUGAAACUGGAUUGAGUUCUCUUUAAUUAGUUUGGUUGAACUGCCUUUUUUGACGAGGCUUUUACUAAGGAACGUUUACUCCAUUUAAAGCCUACCAUAUCCAUUUUUCAACUCUGUACUAUUGUUAGUGUAGCUAUACUUCUGAGAAGCAACUUCAAUCGUCUGCACUCACUCAAUUGUCAUUCGGAUAUUAGAGUGUUGAAGGCUUGUGCCUGAGUUUUUUAAGUUUGUCAUCUUGGUAUUUAAAUGUUAUUAAUCGAUUUACUUGAUGCAUGUAUCCAUCUUAAAAUUUUCCUUUACAUGGAAGCAUAAAACUUGGGAUGUUCAACAAAGGCUUCCGUUUGUUCAAGUUUUCUUAUGUAAAAGUUCAUCCAACAGUUUCGAGUUCUCCUGCACCUUCUGUUGCGACAGUUACACCAGGUGCUUGGUUAGAAUUACAAAUGGAAUCGGUUCAAAAA